AGCACGCACGCUAGCCUCCUCCCCCCUGCGCUCUGCGCGUGCGUCCGUCUGCGGUACAACAUCAACAGAAUGAGCUCUCCUCGUUACUGUCAGAAAUUAAAACAAACCCUUUACAUCCCAAGUAAUUAAGUCUGUAUUUAAGUAUUGAGCGCGUUUCAACCUAGAUCUCACAGUCGCCUUAUCCGGACUAAACUCCGCGGUUGAAAGUGGAAUCUAAAGUGUAACCAAGUAGAAGUGGGAAAAAAAUUGAGAGGGGGAAGAGUGGAUCUGGAAUGGCCGGAGGAAGAAGAGGAGCGAAUAGAACGACAUAUUGUCGUUCUCCGCUGAGCAGUGAGACAGGUUCCGUUGGCAACGGUAACCACUCCACCAGCUCACCUGUGACAGGUGUGAGAUCACGAACCAGGAAUGGAUCCGGGCCGGGAAUGUCCAGCCCUCCGUUGGCCACUCAGACGGUGGUGCCACUGAAGCAUUGUAAGAUUCCAGAACUCUCCGUGGACCGGAACGUCCUGUUUGAGCUCCACCUGUUUGUGUGCCAUCUUACAGCUCUGUUUGUGCAUUACGUCAACAUCUACAAAACAGUGUGGUGGUACCCCCCCUCGCACCCACCUUCACACACCUCUCUAAACUUCCACCUCAUUGAUUAUAAUAUGUUGGUGUUCACCAUCAUAGUGCUGGCUCGCAGGCUAAUUGCUGCCAUUGUAAAAGAGGCAUCACAAAGUGGGAAGUUGUCCUUCCCCCACUCUGUCUUCCUGGUGACGGCACGUUUUGCCGUUCUGACUCUUGCAGGAUGGAGUCUGUGUCGUUCACUUAUUUAUCUCUUCAAGUCAUAUUCCGUGCUCAGCCUGCUCUUCCUCUGCUAUCCGUUUGGAAUGUAUAUCCCUUUCUUCCGACUCAGCUGUGACUUCCGGAGGACUGGAUCCAUGUCCCCUUUUGGCAGCAUGAGUUCUAAAGAGGUGAGCAGUGCAGCUUUGGGCCGUGGGGGACGGGACUAUCUGUCCGUCCUGAAGGAAACAUGGAAGCAGCACACCAGUCAGCUGUAUAGUGUUCAGCCCAUGCCCACCCACGCCUGCUGUCUCUCUCCUGACCUCAUCCGCAAAGAAGUGGAGUACCUGAAGAUGGACUUCAACUGGAGGAUGAAGGAGGUGUUGGUUAGCUCCAUGCUCAGCGCCUACUAUGUGGCAUUCGUACCUGUUUGGUUCGUCAAGAGCACACAAUAUGUAGAUAAACGCUGGUCCUGUGAGCUGUUCAUCCUGGUAUCUGUCAGUACUUCUGUCAUUCUGAUGCGGCACCUGUUACCUCCUCGCUACUGCGACCUGCUCCACAAAGCUGCCGCUCACCUGGGCUGCUGGCAGAAGGUCGACCCUUCGCUCUGCUCAAACGUCCUCCAACACAUAUGGACAGAAGAGUACAUGUGGCCACAAGGAGUUUUGGUCAAGCACAGUAAAAAUGUUUAUAAGGCCAUGGGCCAUUAUAACGUAGCAGUUCCCUCAGAUGUCUCGCAUUAUCGUUUCUAUUUUUUCUUCAACAAACCUCUUCGAAUAUUGAACAUUCUUAUAAUCCUGGAAGGUGCAAUGAUAUUCUACCAGCUAUAUUCACUCAUGUGUUCAGAGAAAUGGCAUCAGACGAUAUCAUUAGCUCUAAUAUUAUUCAGUAAUUAUUAUGCCUUUUUCAAACUGCUCAGAGACAGAAUAGUUCUGGGAAAAGCAUAUUCGUAUUCAGCCAGUGCCUCCAAUCAGAAAGUCAGUUAGACAAGGAUAAAUUAUUAUCAGUCAUCACAGAUGAACAGAAAACAUGCAUGAGAGCUGUUUAUUUUUUUCUACAAGUUUAUUUCUGUCUAUGUUCUGACUUGCCAUGAAAUAAAAAGGAAUCAUAUUUUUGUACAAUG